AUGCUGCGCCUGCGCGCCCGACCGCUGUGCUGCGCCUUGCUGGCGCGCGCCGGCGCCGUGCGCAUGGGCGGCGGCGGCGCGCGACGGCGCGUCGACGCGCCGGCGCCGGCGCCGAGCGCCGACGUCGACGUGCCCGCGGCGCCGCCCGCGACGCUGCGGAGCGUCGACGCGCCGGCGCCGGCGCCGAGCGCCGACGUCGACGUGCCCGCGGCGCCGCCCGCGACGCUGCGGAGCGCUCUCAAAAUCAUGUUCGACCCCGUGGGCCGCGGCAAGGAGCGCGCGCGCACCGUCGAGUCGCGGCCGCCGUCGGACCCCAUGGUCUACACGCACGUCGCGUUCCUGCCGGCCGUCGGCGCCGCGGCGUCGACAGGCCUCUACGAGCUCGCGGUCCUCCAGAGCGCCGUCCUCGGCGCGAGCCUCGCCUACCACGCCACGGGCGAGCGGCCGGGCGCGCUGGCCAAGGUCGAGGGGUCCCUCGCGAAGGCGCUCUUCGCGUACGGAGCGCUGCAGACCUUCGCGAACGCGCCGCCGGACCUCUUCGCGUGCGAGGCGGCGCUCGCCGCCGCGACGCUCGCGGCGUUCCUCGUGACGAACCUGCGGCCGGAGACCUACGAGGCGUGGCACCCGCUCGGGCUCCACGUGCUGCCCGGCGUCUGCGAUCGCCGGAACGGAACGAUGCUGCCGCCGGACCCGUGCAUCGAGGACUGGACGGGCCCCGGCCUGCCGCCGCGCUACCAGCUCCCCGGCGCGCCCAUGUACCCCGACGGCGCGCCGUCGGUCUUCGUGACGGGCGGCAGCAGCGGCAUCGGCUACGCGCUCUGCCGGUCGCUGGCCCUGGACCACGGCUUCCGCGUGUUCAUGGGCUGCCGCGACGGCGACGCGGGGAGCCGCGCGGCGAUGCGGGUCGAGGACGAGGGCGCGUACUGCGAGAACAUCGAGAUCGACGUCACGGACGACGACGCCUGCGAGACCGCGGCCGUCAUGGUCCAGUCGUUCCUGGGCUUCGAGCCCCUGACGUGCCUCGUGAACUGCGCGGCGGUCGGCCACGCGACGUGCUCCGACGGCGCUAAAAUCGUCGACGUCAACCUGCGCGGCGCGAAGCGCGUCUGCGACGCCUUCCUGCCCAUCAUGGACGAGCGCUUCGGCCGCGUCGUCAACGUCGGCGCGGGCGGCGGCGCGGGCUACGUGGAGACCUGCGAGGACGUCGCGCGCCGGCUCCUGACGUCGCCGGACGUGCGGUGGGACGACGUCGAGGCCUACGCCCGGGGCGCGCUCGCGGCGGAGGUCCACGACGACCAGGGCUACGGCCUCUCCAAGGCCUGCCUGGCGGCGUUCACGCUCUGCCUCGCGCGCGAGCACCCGAAGAUGCUCAGCGUGACGGCGCACCCGGGCGUCUGCGGCGGCACGAAGAUGAACCCGGGCGCCGCCGACCGGACGGCCGAGGACGGCGCGAAGAGCGUCGCGUUCUGCCUGCUCGCGGAGCGCCUCAAGCUCGGCAACGGCUUCCUCUACGGGCCCGACGGCCUGCGGUCGCCGCUCUUCGCGGCGCGCGACGCCCUGUGCGACGCCGGCGCGCCCGAGUACGCGGGGCCCGUCAUGGCGCCGAAGCGGUCGCCGCGCGAGGCCGAGCGCGUCGCGCGCGCGCGCCAGGACGCCGAGGACGCGCGCAACGCGCUCCUCCUCGAGAAGGCGCGGCAGGACGCGGAGCAGGCCGAGCGCGCGCGCGCCGAGGCCGCGGCCGCGGACGACGCGGAGGUCGUCGAGCUGCUGCCGCCGGCGAAGGACGCGAGGUCCGCGGCGACGACGAAGCCCGCCGCGCCCGUGUCCUUCGACGCGGCCAUGCGGGGCAAGCUGCUGCGGACACCGGCGCCCGCGGCGCCCGCGGCGCCCGCGGCGCCGCCGGAGCCGGAGUUCGCGGUCCCGGACGUCAUCCCGGGCGUCCAGGAGGCCCUCGACGACAUCGCGCACCUGCCCCAGAUGCCGCUCGACGAGUUCGCGAGGACCGUCGAGUCCUAUCGGACCGCGCUGCCGCCGCCCGGCGCGCCGCCGCCCGCCGCCGCGGCGCCCGCCGCCGCGGAGGAGCCGCCGCCCGCCGCGGAGGAGCCCCCGCCCGCCGCGCCGCCGGCGCCCGCCGAGGCCGAGGAGGCGCCCCGGGGCUGGUUCUUCCGGCGGUCGUCGAAGCGGGCGGACCCGAAAUCCUUCGAGGCCGCGAUGAAGGGCUCGAUCCUCAAGAACCCGAGCGUCCUCGACCGGCCGCCGGAGCCGCCGACGCCGCCGCCGUCCGACGAGCCGACGGCCGCCGAGGUCAUGCGCGCCGAGCGGAGCCUCGACACGCUCGAGAAGAUCGCGGGCCGGCUGCCGCUGAAGCCGCGCGCGCCGCGCGGCGACGACUGGGUGCCCAACCAGGGCCGGCCGAACGAGGAGCCGCCGCCGCCGAGCUUCGUCUCCGGCGAGCGCUGCCCGGAGACGACGGAGGCCGACGACGACGUCGAGCCCGCGGCGCCGCCGGAGGCGAAGGAGAUCCCGCGCGGCCCCUUCUCCGGCCAGCCCCACUGCUCCGCCUGCGCGGCGCCGCGCACGCGGGCCAUGAACACGCUCAACAAGCUCCAGGGCUACCUGGAGGAGAAGGUCAUCGCGCCCGUGGGCCUGGACAACCUGGCGACGCCGGACGAGCCCGACGACGCGGCGCGCGCGGCGGCGGCGCGGCGCUUCGCGAAGACGGCCCUCGAGGAGUCGGCGCCGGACCUGACGGCGGCCACGGCCGACGACGUGCGCAACGAGCUGCUCGGCGCCGUCGCGGCCGCGCGGACGGCGGCGCCCGCGGCGCCGGCGCCGGAGCCGUCCGCGGGCGACGUCGCGCUCGUAUCGGAGGUGCGCAAGCUCCGGAAGGAGGUCGGCUCGCUCGCCGUCGACCUCGAGGCGGCGGAGCGGGAGUGCGCGGACCGGCGCAAGGAGGCGAACGACGUGCGGCGGGACCUCGCGGAGGCGCGGCGCGCGGUCGGCAACGAGGGCGCCGCGGGCCGCGAGCGCGAGGCCGCCUUAGCCGCGGACCUCGCGGACGCGCGGCGCGCCGUGGAGAAGAUGACGGCGCUGGCGACGGAGGCGAAGCGGAGCGAGGAGAAAGCCAGAACCGACGUCGAGGCCGAGCGGCGGCGCGCGGCCGACGCGGACGCGGCGCUCGCGGCCGAGCGCGAGCGCCUGUCGCGGCGCGAGCGGGAUUUGGGCGCCGCGUCGGCGUCGUCGGGCCGGCGCGAGGCGGCCCUGACGUCCGAGGUCGCGGGCCUCGCGCGGGCGCUCGAGGAGUCGAGGCGCGCGCCCGCGCCGGCCGCGGCCGCGCCGGCCGCGUCCGAAGUCGCGGCGCUCCGCGCGCGCGCGGAGCGCGCGGAGGCGUCGCUCCGGACCGAGCGCGCGGCGCGCGCCGCCGCCGACGGCGGCGGCGACGCCGUCGCGCGCGGCGUCGCCGAGGCCCUCGAGGCCGCGCGCGAGGCCGCGGCGGCCGCGACGCGGGAGAAGGACGCGCUCGCGGCUGAGCUCGCGGACGCGGCGGCGGCGCGCGCGGACGCGGACCGGCGGAGCGCCGACGACCGCGAGGGCCUCGAGGCGCGCGUGCGGACCCUGGGCGCGCGGCUCGAGACCGCGGAGAAGCGCGCGGCGGCGCCGAGCGCGCGCGAGCCCGGCGGCGAGAACCGCACGGCGCUCGCGGCGCAGAUCCUCAAGAAGCAGGCGCUGCUCGACGACGCCCUCGCGGCGAAGCGGGCGUUGGACGGCCGCCUGAGCGCCGCGCGCCGCGACAACGACGCGCUCCGCGCGCGGCUCGACGGCUUGCGCGACGACGGCAUGGACCCCGCGGGGCCCCGGCGCCUCAAGCAGACGCUCAAGAUGCACCGGGCCCACCCGGCGUCGGCCCAGUACAAGGUCGGCGGCUUCCUCGACGACGUCGACCAGUUCAUGGUCCGGACGCUGCGCCUCCUGAACAGCGCGCCCGUCUUCCGCCUCGUCUUCUUCACCUACCUCGUCCUCCACCACGUCUACAUGUUCCUCGUCAUCUGCUUCCACCAGCGGCACCUCGAGCAGCACCACGGCGACGACGCGGCGCGGCCGAACCUGCGCGGGGGCUAG